AAUCUUGGGUUGUCCACCCUGGCUGUGUCAACCUAUCUUCGGCGCAAAAAUGAAGUGAGGAUUUAGUCUUGUAAUUACUAGUUUGCGGUCUAUUCCUAGCUGUCCAGGCUCACCAGUUAUGGCCUGUUCCAACUGUUCAAGUUUACCAAUUGUGGCCUCUUCUUGUCCAGUCACGGCCCAGGACGGCAACGGUCGGGUCGCGGAACGUGUCAUGGGCGGGGACUAGUUUGAUUGGCUGACUUUCCACUAAGAAAACAAUCAUAUGAUUAGCGGGAAUCUCCCACAAGCCUCAAUUGGACUGUUCUUCUAUUGCCCCGCCCUACACGAUGGAGUCAAUGCGAUCCUCUCUCCAAAGCCCACAAACAUCGCAAUCAGCUAUCCUAAAAAAUGGGGUGUGCAAGCAAACCGGCAACAAACCGCAACAGCCCGUUUAGGUUUAGGGUACCAGUCAGUUUGCGAUUCAAAAUAUCAAACCUUCGCCAUGUCGAACCCAACCGGCACAGCGCAGCGCACAUCAAUUCAGCCUACCAUGAUUGCACCCUUUCUACAACUCCGACCACCAAGCGAACCGUUGCAGCCAACCAGCGAGAACCUCGCCAAGACAAGAUUCCGACACCCCGGGUACGCAGACAGCGAAAACAUCAUCCUCAUCCUCCCAGCCUUUGACUCUAAGGGCAUCCACCACGAGACCGCGCGCAUCGCAUGCUGCAUCUUUGCCAAUUGCGCAUGGGAUGGGUAUUUUUCCCUUUCGCCGAAUGGCCCACGCGUGCCACUAGGUCUGUCUAGACGACAUUUUAACCGCGCCUACCUACUACUUCUGCGUCCCGAAUGGUUCGUCCUUCUCCGCCCCUGCUGUAGUCUCCCCCGCUAAACAAGAAUUCCUAGACUUUAAGUACGCAGUGGUGCCAUCCCUUGGGCACUUCCGCUUUCCCAACCAGCUCCCCCAAUUCUAGGAAGACAACAACCAGGCCCCGAUCC